AUGGGUUGAUAACCCAGCGCAUCAUCCAGCCAGUAACAGCACGUUGGGAGAUCAGUUAAAUCAUUGCAUUUCUAAAGGGGCGCAGCGGACGAGGGGGCAAAAACGCUGACUGGAUUCAUACGACCGAGUAUAACGAAGACGCGUCUUGUCCAAGGAUGGCGAGCAGCAACAUCCUAAUGGUGUCACGUUUUGCUGGAAGAGGUUUUCUUUGAAACGCUGUAAAUGAUGCUGCAUGCUCAGUCAGCCGCUACCAUCAAGCCACCCCUCCACUCAACUGUCCUUUCUUUUCUGACGUUCUCCAACUCCAGUCCCUCAGAGCAUGCCUUCCUGCUGACUGGCCCACCAGCACCAGCUAACUGCAGCCAAGACGGCUCCUUGUCCACCCCCCAGCAGAACGGCUCCCUUGCCUCGUACGUCCUGACCUCAGCAGAGACGGCCACCCUCAGCCUCGUCUUCGGGGUGCUAUGGCUGGUCUCCGUCUUUGGCAAUGCCCUGGUGUGCCUGGUCAUCAACCGCAGCCGGAGGACUCAGUCCACCACCAACUACUUUGUGGUGUCUAUGGCGUGUGCCGACUUGCUCCUCAGCUUCGGCUCUGCUCCCUUCAUCCUGCUGCAGGUCAGUUCCACCCAGUGGAUGCCAAAUAACAUAAUGUGCAAGGUCAUCCGCUAUCUCCAGUACCUGUCCCCUGGAGUACAAGUCUAUGUUCUCCUUUCCAUCUGCAUGGACAGAUUCUACACCAUUGUCUACCCACUAAGCUUCAAAGUGUCCCGGGAGAAGGCUAAGAAGAUGAUCCUGGCUUCCUGGAUGUUUGACGCAGCCUUCGUAUCUCCAUGUUUCUUUUUCUACGGCUCUUCACAGGACGGUCACUGUAACUUUUUCCUGCCGGAUACCUGGGAUGGCAUCUCUUAUGGUGUCACGCAUCUCCUUGUUGGAUUGGUGGUUCCUAUGGUGCUCAUACUUUUGUUCUACCACAAAGUUGUCAAGUACAUUUGGAGGAUCAGCACCGACGGGUGCACUGUGAGACGGACGAUGAACAUCGUGCCUAGGACUAAAGUCAAAACUAUCAAGAUGUUCCUUAUGCUCAACUUUGUGUUCCUCCUCACCUGGAUACCUUUCUAUGUGGCCCAACUAUGGCACCCAAAAGAUAAUUUUUCCAAACAGGGAGUGCUGUUCUUCGUGGCCAUCACGUGGGUCUCUUUUAGCUCCGCUGCAUCAAAACCCACCCUAUACUCCAUUUACAAUGCCAGCUUCCGGCGCGGGAUGAAAGAGACCUUCUGCUUGUCAACUAUGAAGUGCUACCGCAGCAAUGCCUACACCAUCACUACAAGCUCUCGAAUGGCUAAAAAGAACUAUGUGGGGAUACUGGAGGUCCCCGUACCACCAAAGUCUGUCACCAAAGACUCGAUAUACGAGACCUUUAACCGUGAGGCAAAGGAGAAGAAGUUGGCUUGGCCCAUCAAUACCAAUCCACCCAAUACAUUUGUGUGACAAACGGCUCCGAAUAAAAAAAACUAAGAAACAAAUAUAUCAAAAUAAGAACUUAAGCUACCUUUACACUGUCAAUUUUUUCUACUAGUUGUGUGUGUUAUGUUUAAUUUCCCAAAACUUGUCUAUAUACUGCCAGUCUGGCAGAAACAAAAAGUGCUAUUCAUGAAAAUUACAAUAACAUUUUUAAGAAGAACAAAUGUAUUGAUCACCUUUGUCUUAAGUUUCAGUGUUUUGAACUGGUGUAGGUCAAGCCCAGGUUUUCUGGGACCCAAGAACUAAUGUCACAACAAGGUGUCAGGUGAUAUCGUGACUGACCGUUGGCCUCUACGAUGCUUCACCUCUGUGCCCCAGAGCAAAACAAAGAUGCUGUAGCCCAACUUGUGCCAAAACAAUCAAAAUGACCCUCCACUGGGCUAUGACUCCUACAUUGAGUUUGAGGACUACCUAUGCCUUGUGUAUAUUCACUGUGCUGCCGGUACUGAGCUGUGAUUGGUCAACCGUCAUGUGAUACAGAAAGUGUAUUUCUUAUAAUGUGCUGUGACAUACCAUCUGUGAAGGAUUCCAUUUUUUCCAUUACUGUGGUCAGUCUCCCUGUUUUGUAAUGUAAUAAAUAAAAGACAUUGUGUAUCCAUGUGUCACACCCGGCUCCGUCCAACCCUCAUGUGUGCCACGCCCCCCUCGUUAACCCGUAUUCUUCCCUGACGGAUCUCACCUGUUGCUAGUUUUCCUCAGCGUGUUUAGUGUAUUUAGUCCUUGUCAUAGUCAGUGAUCCCUAGGUUAGUCAUUGUAUUGUCCGUUGAUGUCCACGCUUGUCCCUCCUUGGCUUAU